CUAAGAUGGCGGAAUUAGAAAAUGGGAUAUCGGCGCCGGCAACGCCGGGGACGCCAACACCGUUAUUCCCGUCGUUACGAGUGGACUCAAUGGGUUCUUAUGAUCGGAAGUCAAUGCCCCGAUGCAAAUGCUUGCCUUUGGAUGCUCCAACAUGGGGAGCUCCUCAUACCUGUCUCGUCGACUUUCCCGCACCAAAUGUCUCUCUCACCAGAAAGUUGGGAGCUGAAUUCGUGGGAACAUUUAUCCUUAUAUUUGCUGCAACAGCCGGGCCAAUUGUGAACCAAAAGUACAACGGAGCUGAAUCUCUAAUUGGGAAUGCAGCUUGCUCAGGGCUGGCUGUUAUGAUUGUGAUUCUGUCAACGGGCCAUAUUUCUGGAGCUCAUCUGAAUCCGUCCCUCACAAUUGCAUUUGCAGCACUUCGUCACUUUCCAUGGGUUCAAGUGCCAGCCUAUGUUGCAGCACAGGUUUCAGCAUCCAUUUGUGCUUCUUUUGCACUCAAAGGUGUCUUUCAUCCGUUCAUGUCUGGCGGUGUUACUGUCCCUUCAGUAAACACUGGCCAGGCAUUUGCUCUUGAAUUCCUCAUCACAUUCAAUCUCCUUUUCGUUGUCACUGCUGUUGCAACUGACACCAGAGCGGUGGGAGAGUUGGCUGGCAUAGCAGUUGGAGCUACAGUUAUGCUCAAUAUUCUAGUUGCUGGGCCGUCAAGUGGUGCUUCCAUGAAUCCAGUACGAACUUUGGGGCCGGCCGUUGCAGCAGGAAAUUACAAGUCAUUGUGGAUUUAUCUAGUGGCUCCAACUCUGGGGGCUAUUGCAGGGGCAGCUGUUUAUACGCUCGUUAAACUUCGUGGAGAUGACACUACUGAGACACCAAGCCAGGUUAGGAGCUUCCGCCGCUAGUCUGCUGAAGGAAGGGUGUUGUUCCAACUUAUAAUACUAUUGUGUGCUUGAAAAUAAAGGUGGAGGACUAAGGAAACUGUGACUUUCAGUCUCACCAUCGAAAACAAUUUACAUUUGCAUAUAGACACUCUUUCUUCUCAUUCACUUUGUGUGGAUGACUUAGAAGAAGAGGCAGAAAUUUGGUUGUGGUCUGUGACCUUUUUUUUCUUUUUAUGAUUUGCUCUGUGUGAACU